UUUUACAGUGUCAACAUGGCGGAUCAAACAGAAAGAGCCUUCCAGAGACAACCAACGAUCUUUUUGAACCGCAAAAAGGGCGCGGGUGGUAAGAAGAAAUCGCUCCGAUACCACCGCGAAGUUGGGUUAGGGUUCAAAACACCUAGAGAGACCGAGCGCGCUUUCCAAAAACAACCCACGGUUUUUCUUAACCCCAAACAAGCCAGCAAAAAGAAGGUUGUAAGGUUAUCAAGGAAUGUAGGGCUCGGGUUCAAAACCCCUAGAGAGGCCAUCGAAGGUCACUACAUCGACAAAAAAUGCCCAUUCACCGGCAACGUGUCGAUCCGAGGCCGUAUCCUCACCGGAGUCGUCCAGAAAAUGAAAAUGCAGAGGACCAUCGUCAUCCGCCGUGAUUACCUCCAUUACAUCCGGAAAUACAACCGUUUCGAAAAGAGGCACAGGAACAUGUCCGUGCAUCUUUCUCCUUGCUUCAGGGACGUUGAAAUCGGAGAUGUAGUGACGAUCGGCGAAUGCAGACCACUUUCCAAAACUGUUAGAUUUAACGUAUUAAAAGUUACGAAGGGCAGUAGCGCAAAGAAGAGCUUCAAGAAAUUCUAAGUACAUAUAGAUUAUGUAAUACAUUCUUCUUUUUUUAAGUUA